GCCAACACGAUCACACCGCAGAUCCAUCCGAUCCGACCAACUAUAUCGCUCGUAGAUCAUCAUCAUUGCCUAGUAUAUACCCCAUAUAGUGUGUGUGUUUGUGUUUAGUGCCCGUUGAUUUAGAUUUAUGUUUUUAUUCUUUAUACGAGUGUUUUCGGUUAAUUGUCAAAAUAAUCAACUAACUAAGCGGCAUUGCCAAGAGUUCGACAUCGAAUAUAUAAUAUAUACAUUUAUAUGCAACAGAAGCUGCACUCGCCUCCGUUAAUAAACCAGAGUUUUGCAAUCCCACAGACAACGACGUCAUGACUAAGAAUGGGCACAGCAACACAGCCUAUGUCAGCGAUCAUGCAGACAAGUUGGAGCUGGCCGAGAAGGGUCAGAAGAACAAGGCCAUAGUGGCCAAGGAUCCCGACUACAAUCCCUACCAUAAUCGCGAGGUAGAGCAUCCCACAACAAAUUCGGAAACUCUCUUCCAUUUACUGAAGGGUUCCCUGGGCACUGGUAUUCUGGCCAUGCCCAAUGCCUUUCGUAACUCUGGCUAUAUCACAGGCUCCAUUGGCACUAUAGUUAUUGGAUUUAUUUGUACAUAUUGUAUCCAUCAAUUGGUCAAAGCAGAAUUUGAAUUGUGCCGAAGAAAGAAGAUGCCCAGCAUGAACUACCCUGCAGUGGCGGAGACAGCUUUGGGCGAAGGACCCAAGUUCUUCCGUUCUAUGGCCCCAUACAUAGGAACCGUGGUCAAUACCUUCCUGCUGAUCUAUCAACUGGGCACCUGCUGUGUGUACGUCGUAUUCGUGGCCUCCAAUAUUAAGGCCAUUGUGGAUGCAGUGGGGGAUACCAACAUCGAUGUCAGGCUCUGCAUGAUCAUUAUCCUGUUGCCCUUGAUCCUGAUCAACUGGGUGCGCAACCUCAAAUAUUUGGCACCAUUCUCCACGCUGGCUAAUGCCAUCACCAUGGUCUCGUUCGGAAUCAUCUGCUACUACAUCUUCCGGGAGCCAGUGACCACAGAGGGCAAGGAUGCCUUCGGCAAGCCAGAGAACUUCCCGCUAUUCUUCGGCACUGUGCUUUUCGCACUGGAGGCCAUCGGUGUUAUCCUGCCGCUGGAGAACGAGAUGAAGACACCUCAGAAGUUUGGCGGCAGUUGUGGGGUCCUCAAUGUGUCCAUGGUCCUGAUAGUGUUCCUGUACGUGGGCAUGGGCCUCUUUGGUUACCUCAACUAUGGAUCCGCGGUGCUGGGAUCUAUUACACUGAAUAUGCCAGAGCACGAAAUCCUUUCUAUGUGCGUCAAGGGAAUGUUGGCCUUUGCUAUCUACAUUACCCAUGGCUUGGCCUGCUAUGUGGCCAUCGAUAUUACCUGGAACGAUUAUGUGGCCAAGCGAUUGGGCCCCCAACGAAACGCUCUCUUCUGGGAGUAUGCCGUGCGAACCAUCCUCGUUCUGAUGACCUUCCUCCUGGCCGUGGCCAUUCCCAACCUGGAGCUGUUCAUCUCCCUGUUUGGCGCCUUGUGUCUUUCUGCCUUGGGUCUAGCCUUCCCAGCCCUCAUCCAGAUCUGCACGCAUUGGUAUAACACCAAGGGACUCAGCAAGGCCUGGCUGCUACUCAGCAACUUUGUGCUCAUCAUUGUGGGCAUCCUGGGCUUGGUGAUCGGCACGUAUACAUCCCUCAAGGAGAUCGUGCUAACCUUCUCGGAGUAGAUGCGUGAUGAACCUACUAAAUCCGCCAGCGGGCAUUCCAAUUAAAGCGAAAGUAUUAUGAGCAAUCGGAAGAUAUUGAAAUCUGUAGACAUUCGCAGUGCAGCACAAAUGACAAACAGAUACCGAUGCAGAUACGGUUAAAGAUAUAUAGAUACAAAUGCAGAUACUGUGGAGCUGUGGCUAUACUAUUUGUU